AUGAAAUCCAUAGAGGUAUUUCUCCUGACUCUGGAGUGCCUUAUCUCUGUCUAUGUUGCAAGAUGUUCUGAGGUGAAGUUGGUGAAUAAUGGUUAUGAUAACGUUGUCAUUGCUAUUAACCCUGAACUUCCAGAGGAUCCAAACCUCAUCACAAAAAUUGAGGAAAUGGUGAAUUCAGCUUCUUCCUUCUUGUUCAGUGCCACCAAACAUCGAGCUUAUUAUCGAGAUGUGAAAAUUCUAUUGCCCAUCACCUGGAGUUCAAAACCCAACUAUCAGAGACCAACCACCCAGUCGUAUGAAAAGGCUGAUGUGAUCAUUGCUAACCCGCAUCUUAACUAUGGAGAUGACCCAUAUACUCUGCAGUAUGGCAGAUGUGGUGAGAAGGGCCGGUAUAUUCACUUUACCUCGAACUUCAUGCUAAACGAUAGCCUGAUCCCCGUUUAUGGUCCAAGAGGUAAAGUAUUUGUUCAUGAAUGGGCCCAUCUUCGGUGGGGAGUGUUCGAUGAAUAUAAUGAGCUUGUGCCCUUCUACGUGUCUGGCAACGAAAUCAAAACAACAAGGUGUUCAAACGAAAUAAAAGGAAUGACUGCCUCGUGCACCGGGGAUUCCUGUUCUCCUUGUAGCAUUGAUAGCAGCACAGGGUUUCCAAAUAGCGAUUGUAUGUUUUUCCCAGAUAAGAAUCAACUUUCACCAGCUUCAAUAAUGUACCUACAAGGGUUAUCAGAGGUGGUUGAAUUCUGCGACAAUAAGACUCACAAUCCUGAAGCGCCAAACAUGCAAAACAAAAUGUGCAAUUACAGAAGCACUUGGGACGUGAUCAGUAAAUCAGAAGAUUUCAGAAACAACCCUCCAACUAAUAUCUCUCCCCCUAGACCAAAUAUUACUUUGCUGCAUGCCAAAGACCGAGUGCUGUGUUUAGUUCUUGACACUUCUGGAAGCAUGGACAUGGAAGGCCGAAUCAAAAGGCUCACACAGGCGGCUGGGAUAUUCUUGCUGCAGAUCAUUGAAGAUCAAUCAAAAGUUGGCAUUGUUUCUUUUAGCUAUUCUGCAAAAGCUGUAUCACAACUGAGAACAAUCGAUGAUGGCAAUAUACGGAAGCAGCUUACAGAUCUUCUACCUACGUUUGCUAAUGGUGGAACUAAUAUCUGUGCAGGGGUUCAGGCUGGUUUGGAGGUGCUUCGUGGUGAUGACAAUGCUACAGACGGUGAUGAAAUCGUUUUACUGACUGAUGGGGAGGACAGUGGAAUAAGCAGUUGCUUCACAGCGGUGGAACGAAGUGGUUCAGUUAUCCACACUAUUGCGUUAGGACCAGAUGCAGACACAGAUUUGGAAAAGCUGUCAAAUAUGACAGGAGGUUUACAGUAUUCAGCUACUGAUAAAUUGGAUGAAAAUGGAUUAAUUGAUGCAUUCACUGGAUUAGUGUCAGGGAAUGGCAACAUGAGCCAGCAGUCAAUCCAGCUUGAAAGCUCUGGAAAGGAAAUUAAGAAUAACAAUUGGUUCAAUGGCACAGUUUUCAUUGAUAAAACAAUUGGGAACAAUACAUUCUUUGUAAUCACAUGGCAGACUGACAUGCCAUUAGCCUUUGUCCAUGACCCCAGUGGAAAUACUUACCAUAUCCAAGCUUUUGACAUAGACACAACCACGCUUACAGCUCGGCUUAACAUUACAGGCACGGCACAAUCAGGAGCCUGGACCUACGCGAUACAAAAUGAAGCUGCGGCUGCUCAGGUCAUAACCAUCACGGUAACAUCCAGGGCAGCAGAUGAGAAAGUUCCGCCAGUCACAGUCAAUGCGCACAUCAGUCAAGAUACAUCAGAUUGGCCGAACCCACUGGUCAUUUUUGCAGAAGUCAGUCAUGGCUUUCUGCCUGUUGUUGGUGCAGAAGUGAAGGCCACAGUAGAGCGGCCUGAUGGUCGCUCAGUAGAUCUCGACCUAUUGGAUGAUGGUUCAGGCAGUGAUGCUGUUAGAAAUGAUGGUGUUUAUUCUCGGUACUUUACUAAGUUUGGUGGUGUUGGGAGAUACAGCAUUAAAGUGUCUGUCCAAGGUAAAGAUGGAGUAGCAAGAUUAACAACCAGGAAGCAAAGCCGCGCUAUGUACAUCCCGGGAUAUGUACAAAAUGGCCUUAUUCAGCCAAACCCAGCAAAGCCUCCAAUUGGUGGUGAUGAUUCUCAGACACAGCUGGGAAGCUUCAACAGAGUGAAAUCAGGGGGAAUAUGUUUUGUAAGUAAUGUUCCUCCAGGAUCCCCCCAAGACGCUUAUCCUCCUAGUAAAAUUAUGGAUCUUAAAGCAACAAUAGCCGAAAAUAAAAUACAACUGAGGUGGACAGCACCAGGAGAUGACUUUGAUCAAGGAAAUGCUUCCUACUAUGAAAUAAGGCUGAGCAAAAGCUUUUCACAACUGAAAGAUGAUUUUCCAAAUGCUCAAAGUGUAAACACCGACCACCUGACUCCAAAGGCUGCUAGUUCAGAGGAAAUGUUUACAGUAUCUGAGGACAUCGAGCUGAAAAAUGGGACGGUAAUCUACUUUGCAAUUCGUGCAUUUGAUAAAGUAAAUCUGUCUUCUGAGUUAUCGAAUAUAGCACAGGCUGCUUUACUAUUGCCACCUGUCAUCCCAUCGAAUCCACCUACCCAACCUAAUAGCACCAUUAACAUUACAGGAAUUCUUCUGAUAGUUGGCGUGGUUGUCAUUGUUGUUUGCCUGAUAAUUUCCAUAACUAGACAAGCUGUCAAAAUCAAUAGUGCAGAUAUCUGGUACCAUUUGUAUUGCCCAGAUUGCCUCACAGUCCAAGUUCAUGCAGGGCUAAAUGGAGUCAUCAUGGUGGGUUUCAUAGAUAUUUCUGCCAAGCUGAGUUUUGCAAAGUUUCCAGUUGCAGUCAACGUAGGCUGGCCUCUGCAGAUGUACUUGUUGUACAGCCAGGCAGCUGAUAACUUCCCAGUCAAAUUACAGGUUUGGACAGAAUACGACAGCAAAUCCAAUAAAGAAGGAAGGUGUCAAGAUGACAGCAACAAUAACCUGCAUUUAUAUAGCAUUUUUAACUUAGGAAAAUGCCCCAAAGCUCUUCACAAGAGGCAUAAGGGAGAUAGUUGA